CCCCGGGAUCUGACCCGUGAGGCCGCUGCUGCCGCUGCCCCCCGGGAUCUCACCCGUGCGGGCGCGGCCGGCGGGUGCCGGAGCCGGGAUGCGCUCCAAGAGGCUCACCACGGAACCUCCAUCUAUAACAGAAGAAAUGUUAGAAGAAUGCUUAGCCACAGAUGAUAUGCUUGUGGAUUACUUUAAUGAAUUUUUGAGUCUUCCGACAUUUCCCCAGCCCGUGAAGUUUAACUCUGAUGUUGGUGCUUUUGAAGUAGUUAAUUAUGCCCCACAAUGCCUGGAAAGCCAGCUGAAAAAAAAUCUACAUGAUCAAAAACCUCUAAGCCCCAUUUAUGAUGUUCUAAGCAAAGAAAAGAAUGAUGGGCAGCUCUCCAAAAGGCACGGUGCUUCUUCACCCUUCAGUAUUGAUCAAAAUUACAACACUAUGCAACUUGAUCAAGAGCAAGCAAUUGAGUGGAUUAAGAAAGAAAGGCUUCCAGCAUUUCUAGAAAGUGACUGUUAUUUUGAAUACAGACUAGCUAAAUUGAUAUCACAGGUAGAAUGGAGCAAGACUGGCAUUAAUUUCAUUAUAGAUAGUGACUACUCUCCCUGGAUAAGGAAGCAAAGUCCUCGUUCUCCCCCUUCUGAGGAGGAUGACUCUUCAUUGACUUCAUUGAUGAUGAAGAAGUUCUAUGUAACACUUGGCGAGGCUACAGUUUCUCAGGUAAAGGAUUGGUUUACAUUGGCAAAACAAGGUGAUUCUGUGAAAACUACAGAUUCAUCUACACAUGCUGUAGCUUCUAGUAAAAUUCAAGAUACUCAGUAUUUGUCUGGGCAGCAUGAAAGAGAUAAAUCAUCACCUGAAAAAGGUUCCCUUCUGGGGACAGCAUCUUCAAAAGCCUAUGUUACCAGUGAGAGAUCUGAAGAGGCUGAGGAGGGCUGCUCUGUGGCCAUUGUUGAGUCUUCUUCCCACACGCAGUCAAGAGUUUAUCUAAACCCAAAAUGGCACAGUGCAGCAAAAGAAGAAAAUGAACAGGGAAGCACAACUUUUCAGACAGCAGAAGAAUUCAUACCAGCAUCCUCUCAAAUUGCAAUGGAGGAACCCACUUCAGAGCUGACCCACCAGCCAGCUGCUGACACUGAAACCUUGGACUGCAAGGAAGAUGUAGAGAAACAAGGUCCUGAACAAGUAAGCUUGAGUUCAAGUUCAGAAAGUGUUGGGCCAGACAGCAGGGCUGCCUGGUGUAUUAGCCACGGGACUUACGACACUGGCAACAGACAUGAGUUUGAAAGGUUCAAGAAGUUCAUUAAAGGAACACUUGGGGAGAGAUACUGGUGGCUCUGGAUGGAUAUUGAAAGACUAAAGGCUCUUAAGAACACUACAAGGCAACAAAGGCAACUCAGUAAGAUGAAAAAACUGUACCUGCUGAGCAGUGGAGACUAUUUCCUCAGUUCAGAAGUGUUGCUCAGACUUGAACUACUGCAUGGAGAUCAGUGGAAUAUAAUGCAUUUAAGACAGAUUCAGCCUGAAGUAGUGAAACCACUACUUCUUUACUGGGGUCCCAGAUUUUGUGUCACUCAUUCAACAGCAAUAGAUGCUGCCAGUGCAAAACUGAAGUUCUGGCACACAUGUCAAGAGAGACCAAGAGUGGAUAUUGAUCCUUUCCCACAAAUAGUAUCAUUGUUACCAUUGACCCAAAAGUCUGACAUACCACCUUCCCUUCUUCAGAGAUCAUCAGGAUUACCACCUACUCUCACAGGGAGUCAGUUUCUCCAAAGGAAUGACAUUUCUAGCAGUAGAAUGUGGCCAAUGUUUGUGAGCACAGACAUGUUUCAUAGCGUAGCUCUGGAUGGGACCAAAGUCUCAAAAUACCAGGGUCAUAGAAAGUACACCUAUGCUGAGCUGCUCCAUGAGAAAAGUGCUGCUGGCAGUGUUGUCUUCAGGGGAUCAGGAAUUGAAAGCAUGCUGCAGUCUCUUUAUUUGGAGAACAGAGCAGGCUACUAUUUCACACAAUUCUGUGAGAAGUCAGGGAAUAAGUUGUGGAAGAACUGCGUGUACUUUUGGUUCGAUCUACAGACUUAUAAUCAGCUUUUUUACCAAGAAACACUUCAACAUUUUCAAAUACGCAAUCAAGCUCAAUUCCUUUAUGCAAAUUACAUUGCUCCAUCUGCCAGUAUGGACAUUGGACUUAAUCAGAAUAAGAAAAACAUGAUUUAUCACAAAAUUCACCCAGCUUUUGAGGAUCUUUUUGACACAGCAGAAGAACAUAUCCUCGCUAUUCUACUGGAACCAUGGAUGAAGAUGGUGGAAGCAGAUGAAUACACUUAUAGAAAGGUGGAGUUGGUGGAAGAAACUCAACAGCUGGACUCCGUGUACUUUAGAGAGCUCCAGGCUUUGCAUCAAGUGAGUAGUUCCAAGAAGGAUGAGGGUCCGGUUGCUGACACAGGGGCACUUGUAGAAGAUCAGAAUUUCCAUCAAGCUCCCAAAGAAUUGGCAGGUCCUAAUCUAUCUGACCUGAUCCAUGACAAAAAGAAGUUAGAACAGUUCCGGGCUUUUCUUAAUAAGCAUUCUGCUAGCAUGGAUCUCAUGUGCUGGCUAGAUAUUGAAGAGUUCAGAAAGAUGCUCCACACAGAUAAAGAAAAAAGUGAUGAAAAAUCCAAAGACAUUAAAACCAAGUACUUAAACAACAAGUACUUCUUUGGACCCAACAGCCCAGCUACCAGAGAACAACAAGAAAAGCUAAUGCAUUCAGGUGGAGGAAGGAGACAAAGCCUUCGUGAUCAGCUUUCGACAGCGGUUCUGCUAGAAGUUCAGCAAUGCACCCAGAAGAGAUUAGAAAAACAAUGGCUGCCAUUGUUCCUGGCAGAUGAACACCAUGGGGUGGAGGGACAAGCAGAGGUAAGGGACAUAGCUGAAGAUCUUUCACACAAAGACCAGCAAAAGAAAACCAUGAUGCGGAAGCAUGUGGACAAUGAGAGUGUUUCUUCAUCUAGUGAAAUAAUUGCUUUCCGUAAAGCACUGUUGGAUCCAGUGACAGCAAAUCUGUUUCAACGAUUUGUGGCACUGAAGGGAGACCUACUGGGGAAUGGAGUGCUCUUUUGGCAAGAGGUGCAAAAGUAUAAGGACCUGUGCCAUUCACAUUGUGCUGAUGCCAUAGUCCAGAAAAAGAUCACAGCUAUUAUUGACUGCUUUAUUAAUUCUGCCAUACCCCCAGCUUUGCAGAUUGACAUCCCACCUGAACAAGCAAAGAAGAUUGUGGAGCACAGGAAAGAACUUGGACCCUACAUUUUUAGAGAGGCACAGAUGAGUAUUUUUGCUCUUCUGUUUAAAUUUUGGCCAGAAUUUUGUAAGUUCCAAAGCAAUCUGGAUAGUGACAAAAUUCUAGUUGCCUUGGAGGAAAAAAAGGAAAAAGAGAUGCGAAAGAAGGAAGGGAUAACAGCAAAGAAUUUGCAGGGUAAAGAAAUGGGGAGAAAACUCAUGAACUUGACUCAGCUUAAGUCCUUGGCUCAACCUAAGUCCUUGACUCAACCUAAGUCUUUGACUCAGCCUGAUCCCUUGACUCAGCUCAAGCCCUUGACUCAAGUGCCAAAGAGUGCUUUGCUAGAUGAGCUUAAUACAAAGAGGAGAUCAUCAACAUCUUUAGCACCUGUAGAUGGAUCUGAGAGGAAGGCUUCCUGGUCCUAUUCCAUGUACAUAGAAGCCUUGGAGCAAGAAAAAAUACUCAUUAAAAAGCAAGAAGAUCUGGAGAAAACCUCAUCAUUCCCUCCAGGUUCCUUGUCUAUGUCCACCCUGAAGCCUGAAAGUUCUGUGAAAGCCACUAUUCCUAUGAAGCAUAAACUCUGAAUCCUCACAAGAAGCAGGAAGCACAUUAAAAUCUCUCUGAGGAAGGGAAUGCAGAGACAUUCAAUGGAGGUGGCUAGGAGACACAAAUGUAAUGUGCAUGCAAGGUUUGUUCUUACAAUUCUAGAGCAAAGAUGAUGACUUGGAAUAUUAGCAAGAACCAUGGGAUCAAGGGUAGAAAAUAAACAUGUUCCAAUGUGUUCCAUAUCA